CAUCACUCUCUCUUUCUCUAAGAAACCUCAAAAUUCUCAAAAACAAAAACAAAAAAUCCAUGGCUUUCGAUUCUAACCAUUUCACCCACAAAAUCUUCCUUCUUUGCAACUACAUCCUUCUAGGAGCCGCUUCAAGUUGCAUUUUCCUCACCCUUUCUCUCCGUCUAAUCCCUUCCCUUUGUGGGUUUCUUCUAAUCCUCCUCCACAUUCUCACCAUCGUCGGAGCAAUCUCCGGCAGUGCCGCCGCAUCAUCUUCUUCCUCCACCACCGGACGCAGGUGGUACGGUGCCCAUAUGGUUGCCACAGUUCUAACUGCUAUAUUUCAGGGAUCUGUGGCUGUUUUGAUCUUCACAACUACUAAGGAAUUCCUGGGUAGAUUGGAUUCUUAUGUAAGAGAAGAAAAUGGUGCGAUGAUAUUGAAGUUAGCUGGUGGGUUGUGUGUUUUGAUAUUUUGCUUGGAAUGGGUUGUUCUUACUUUGGCGUUUUUCUUGAAUUAUUAUGCAUUUGUUGAGAGUGGGAAUUCUGGUAAUUCAGUCAAGUUGGGAAGUUCAAAGGCGAGAGCUUUUAAUCAAGAAGAGGAGAUGAAGGGUGAUCUUCCAUUCCCAUUUCAAGUUUAAUCAAUCUUAAGUUAAUUUAAUUCAAUUGAUGAAUCAAUGAUAGGGAUUGAUUGAUCUUCUUAAUUCAUUUCUCUCUCUCUCUGUUUCUUUCUCUGUUCAUGUUCAUGUUCAUGUUCAUGUUCAUGUAAAAGAGAAAUUAUUAUUAUAUAUGUAAAAGAAAGUGGUUUAUUAUAUUAUUCUUAUUAA